AUGCCCUUCGUCAAUCCACCCCCUGCUCCCCAACAUGCCCUCCUCUCCUUUCCAGCUCCGCAUGUCCUCCUAGUAACCCUCAACCGACCACGCGAUCUCAACUGCAUCAAUUCACAAGGUCAUGUAGAUCUUCAUGGUGUAUGGGAGUGGAUGGAUGACGAGCCGAGCUUGAGAGUGGGUGUAAUCACCGGGACGGGGAGAGCGUUCUGUGCUGGUGCCGAUUUGAAAGAAUGGAAUGACACCGCUGGCUCUAAUAGCCGCAGCCCAAUGCCCAACAGCGGCUUCGGAGGCCUUGCCCGGAGAAAGGGUAAAAAACCCGUCAUUGCUGCGGUGAAUGGUCUUUGCUUCGGUGGUGGUUCAGAGAUGAUCAUUAACAGCGACUUGGUCAUUGCGUCUUCGCGCAGUGUCUUUGGCUUACCAGAGGUAAAGCGGGGCGUGGUCGCACUUGCAGGGGCGCUGCCGCGUCUUGUCCGGACAGUCGGGAAACAGCGUGCGAUGGAUAUGGCGCUUACGGGAAGGAAUGUUCUUCCCAACGAGGCAGAGAAGUGGGGGCUUGUGAAUGAGGUGGUGGUUGUUGGGGGUAAGGAAGUUUCGCUUGAAGAGGGGAAUCGGAUUCUUGUUGAGCGGGCGCUGGCUGUUGCUACUGUGAUUGCUGGAAAUAGCCCUGAUUCGGUGCUGGUAAGUCGAGAGGGGAUUAAGCUUGGGUGGGAGGGCAUUGGGGCGGAUGAGGCGACGGGGAUGUUGUCGGAUACUUGGGUUAAAAGAUUGUAUGAGGGGGAGAACAUCAAAGAGGGAUUGCAGGCUUUUGUGGAGAAAAGGGCGCCUGUUUGGAAGGAUAGUAAGCUGUAA